CUGUGAAUCACUUCCGCUCGGGCGGGCAGGCAGGUGAGGUGAGACCGGACGGGGCAGCGGCCGCUCAGCUGAGGACGACACCGAGAUUCUUUGAAAUAGAGCAAACAAUUGAAGAUAUAAUCAUGCCAGAAAAUCCGUUAACAGUUGAUAAACAGCAGGUAUUGCAGGCACUGGCUCGCUUGCAGGCACGAUUACGUGAGAGAGGAGAUUCGUCUCAAAAUGAGAAGCUAGGUAUUUUCCGUGAUACAAUUGAAAGCCCCUUAUUCAAUCAAAUAAUAACCCUUCAGCAUUCCAUCAAACAACUAAAGGAACAGCUGAACUGCAUGUCCACAAAUGCAUCUCCCAAUUUUGACUUUUCACAAGAGGGACUCUUGGUCUUAAAUGCAGAACAGUCUAUGAACAAUGCAGUUGUGGCAGAAGAUGCAAAACUCUUUCCAGAUAUUCCAUUUCAUGGCCAGUCAGGAUUAUUGCAGACAUCUGAAAAAACAAAAGAGGAGUUUGAUAAUGUUAUGCAAAUUUUAGCUCAGGGUCGGCAAGUAGAACAUAUUGAAUUGAGCAAGCCAACAACUGGAAGCCUAGGAUUCAGUGUGGUUGGCCUUAAAAACGAUAAUAUGGAUGAACUUGGCAUUUUUAUACGGGAAAUACAGAAAGGAAGCAUAGCAGAGAGGGAUGGCAGGUUACAAGAAAAUGAUCAGAUUUUGGCCUUGAAUCAUACACCAUUAGAUGAGAACGUUUCUCACCAAGAAGCUAUUUCAAUGCUCCAGCAGACCAAAGGAUCAGUGCAUUUGGUAGUUGCCAAAGGAUUCCUAAACGGGGCAUAUACCAAACCAGUGGACAUGGCAACCUUACCUUUUGCUUCAGAAUCAACACAGUGGGGACCUAUGGAAGAAAUUGAAUUGGUCAGUGAUGGAUCAGGCUUAGGAUUUGGAAUUGUAGGAGCAAAGCCGACUGGAGUAAUUGUGAAAACCGUCGUCCCUGGAGGAUUAGCUGAUCAGGAUGGACGGCUUAGGACUGGCGAUCAUAUACUCCAGAUUGGAGGCACUGACGUCCAGGGAAUGGGAAGUGAACAGAUUGCACAGGUGUUGAGAAACUGUGGUAAUCGAGUGCGAAUGGUGGUGGCCAGAGAUCUUGGUGAUGAUUAUUCCUCUAAAUCUUCAAUGGUUAUUCCUUCUUUAUUAAGUCAGGAAAAAUCCAAUAUCGUUUCUGCAGAUGAUUACGAAAUUAAUAAUAUUGAACUCAAGAGAGAUGGACAAAGCCUGGGCAUUACGGUUGUUGGUUAUGUUGGAGCAUCUCAAAGUGAUACCUCUGGAAUUUUUGUGAAAAGCAUAAUACCAGGGAGUGCUGCAGAACAAAGUGGAUGUAUUCACGUUCAAGACAGAAUCAUUGCUGUUGAUGGAGUUAAUAUUCAGGGAUUUACUAAUCAAGAAGCAAUUGAUGCUUUACGAAACACUGAAAAAACUGUUAACCUUACAUUAGCAAGGAAGAAGAUGUGCAAUAACUACGAAUACUUUGGAAAGGUAGAACGUGAUAAUGUAACACAGGUGACAAAUGCACUUAUCACUGAAGGCAGUUUUUAUUCUCCAGUUGAAGGGCCAGAAACUGCACACGCAAAGAAGCAGGAAUGCAAAAUUGAUGGCACAAGACCUGCUUCAAAAAAUGAUGAAUUAAAGAACAAAUGGGAAGAUUUGUUGGGGACAGAGUAUGAAGUGAUGGUGCUUAAUGUGGACUCUGAGAUUUACAGUGAUGUAGAUGUGCAGAAAUAUUCAAAGUUAUUACCAGUUCAUACAUUGAAUCUUGGAGUGGAGCUGGAUUCAUUUGAUGGACGUCAUUACAUAUCAUCAAUUUUGCCUGAUGGACCAAUAGGCCAAAAUGGAUUAUUACAAGUGGAAGAUGAAAUUUUAGAGGUGAACGGAAAGCAGCUAUAUGGAAAAUCGCGCCGUGAAGCAAUUUUAUUUCUGAAAGAUAUGUCCCCUCCGUUUAAUUUGGUCUGUUGUCGGAGACUGGUCGAGGAAGAAAAUGAGAUGCCUGUCGAUGAACCCACUGGCAUGGAAAGUGAUGUUUCCCAGGCUUCAGAAAAGUACGAGAUGAUAAGGCCACCAUCUCCCUGGAGUAGUGAAAAUUGUAGCCACCAGGUGGAUGUGGAUACUGAGACUAAUGCGGAAGAGGAUGAAGUUGGGGAGCUGGCUCUUUGGACUUCAGACGCGAGAGUGAUUGAACUGCAUAAAGGUUCUGAAGGUUUAGGUUUCAGCAUCUUGGACUAUCUGGAUCCCUUAGAUCCCACACGCACUGUUAUUGUUAUUCGCUCUUUGGUGGUUGGUGGGGUUGCUGAAUGUGAUGGCAGAGUGCUACCCGGGGAUCGGCUCGUCUUUGUUAAUGACCAAAAUCUAGAGAAUACCUCUUUGGCGGAAGCUGUUCAGGCUUUGAAAGACACUCCGUAUGGCAAGGUCCGCCUUGGCAUCUGCAAACCAAUGGUGACCGAAGCAAAUGAAAAUCACAUUUCAGACUUCACCCGCUCAAAUUCUACUAGAGAAAAUAUCCAGCAUGAUUCAGACAUGUUGAAUUUAGCUUAUUCCACAAACCUGCCUGUGCCCCAUGAAUUUGACGAUGUUUCAUUUUCUCAAGAAGAACUAGUUGAUGAACCUGAGGUGGAUUUAAAGUUCUUGAAUUUACACCCCAGUAAGGUUGACAAAGCAGCUGAUUUUUUGUCAUCUGAGACAUUAACAAGAAAUCAAUGGACCCAGAGUAAUGAACAGCAGGAAAUGUUGGUGGAUGAUGAGAACAAGGUGAUUCCUGUAAUAGGUGAAAUGGUUAAUCGGCAGCAGGGUAUAAAGGAUAAAUUGGAAUAUUAUGAACCUUCGGACCUAACUACAACUAAUGAUCAAUUUCGUAAUACUCCACCUUUAUUUCAAUAUAAUGCAAAUGAGAAUGAAGAAACGUUUAAUGGAAGUUCACUAACUUCGUCUACAAAUGGGUCAACCAAUGUCCAAGAGAUGGUGCCAGAAGAUUUUGAGAGAACUGUCACCAUAAUGAGAAAUGGGCAUGAUCUAGGAUUGAGCAUAAAAAGUGAUAACAGAGGACCUGGGGCGAUCAUCAAAAGCGUUGAAAGUGAAGGUGCUGCUGGAAGAAACGGACAACUCCAAAAGGGAGAUUAUAUUGUUGCAUUGAACGUGGAGCCCACAACUGGUCUAAAUUCAACUCAGAAGCAAUUAUUUUUUGCCAAGCAAGCCACAAAUGAGGAACUUAUGAUUACUUAUAUACCAGCAAAAGAUGUGGAUCGCUAUAAGAGAAGUUUAGCUUCAAAGCAAACAAAAUCUAGCAAUGCUGUAGAAUUGGCAGCAGAAUCCAGGAUGAAAGAUACUGCAAGUGAAUUGCCUGAAAGAGAAGAAGGUGAAGGGGAAGAAACACCAAUAUUGAGUCACUGGGAGGCACCACGGAGAGUUGAACUUUGGCGAGUACCAGGUGAAUCGCUUGGCAUCAGUAUUGUAGGUGGGAACACAGUAAUAAAAAGGCUAAAAAAUGGUGAAGAAUUAAGAGGAAUUUUUAUUAAACAUGUCUUGGAGGAGAGUCCAGCCGGAAGAUCCAAUGCUUUGAAGACAGGAGACAAAAUUAUUGAGGUUUCUGGCAUUGACCUGCAAAAUGCCACACAUGAUGAGGCAGUGGAUGCCAUAAAAAACGUUGGAAAUCCAAUAAUUUUUGUGGUUCAAAGUUUAUUGCCUACUCCACGACCAUAUUCUGUAUAUCAAAGCAGACCUGAACAAAAACAAGAACAAAAACAAGAAAAAGAAAAGAAAAUAACACCGGGCUCUAUUAGAGGUGGCCCACCACCACCCAUGCGACUGCCUCCACCUUACAAAGAGCCUACAAGUGAGAAAUUGUCAGUACUGGAUGAGAAAGAAGAAUUCCUAGAUACUGGCAGGAUUCCAAAGGAAGAAAAUGAGAGUGACCAAAAGAUCAGGCUAAAAUAUGGAGAUCUGCCAGGAGAUCUACACAUCAUCGAGCUUGAUAAAGACAAGAAUGGUUUGGGACUCAGUCUUGCUGGCAACAAGGACAGGUCUCGUAUGAGUAUCUUUGUAGUUGGCAUUAAUCCCGAAGGUCCUGCAGGCAAAGACGGGAGAGUAAAGAUUGGAGAUGAACUUUUGGAAAUCAAUAGCCAGAUACUUUAUGGGAGAAGCCAUCAAAAUGCAUCAGCAAUAAUAAAGAACGCUCCAAUAAAUGUCAAGAUUGUUUUGAUAAGGAAUGACGAUGCUGUUAAUCAAAUGGCAGUUACCCCUCAUCCUCUACCCACCAGUUUCCCUUGUCCUGAGAUUCUAGAUACCACCGGAACAUUGCCCUCCCUGGAACAGACAUCCACUCAGCCAGAUUUUUCAAAUUUCAAGAAUGUACAUGAUAUACUAUUGACAAAGGACCAGAGUGGUCUUGGUCUAGCUAUCAGUGAAGACAACACAGACAAAGGUGUUAUUAUUAAAAGCUUGACUGACAAUGGAGCAGCAAUAAAGGAUGGAAGAAUUCAAGUAGGAGACAGAAUUCUGGCUGUGGAUGACGAGAGUGUAGUGGCACAACCUCCAGAAAAGGCUAUCAACCUUCUCAAAAAAGUGAAAGGAGCAGUAAAGUUAACAAUCAGUUUUCAGGACAGGUCCCUGCAACCAUCUCCCCUUCCACCACUUAUAUACCUUAACUCAGAUUCUGAACUCUCAGAUCACACUAAUAUAUCUGUGCCUGCUGUGGUGCCAGAUCCAGCAACCUGUCCUAUAGUCCCUGGCCAAGAAACCAUCCUGGAAAUUUCAAAGGGGAGUUCUGGGCUUGGACUCAGCAUCGUAGGUGGAAGGGAUACAUUGCUGGAUGCAAUAGUUAUUCAUGAAGUGUACGAAGAGGGUGCAGCAGCUAAAGAUAACAGGCUCUGGGCUGGAGACCAAGUCUUGGAGGUAAAUGGAAUUGAUUUAAGGAAUGCAACGCAUGAAGAAGCAAUCACAGCCUUGAGACAGACACCACAGAAGGUGCGACUCACCGUGUUCAGAGAUGAAGCACAGUACAAAGAUGAGGAGAAUUUAGAUAUAUUUUUUGUGGAUCUUCAGAAGAAAGUUGGAAGAGGAUUGGGCCUGAGCAUUGUAGGAAAACGGAUUGGAACUGGAGUAUUUAUCUCAGACAUUGUUAAAGGCGGGGCUGCUGAACUCGAUGGGCGGCUGAUGCAAGGUGACCAGAUCUUGUCAGUAAAUGGAGAGGAUAUGCGAAAUGCUUCACAGGAGACUGUGGCAACAAUACUAAAGUGUGCUCAAGGAUUAGUUCAGUUGGAAGUUGGCCGUCUGAAGGCAGGCUCAUGGAUUUCCUCCAGCAGUACAUCACACGGCAGUCAGAUGAGCCAAGAAAGUGGCGCAAGUAAUCUGUCUAGCUUUGGAGCUGCUGUGACCACUUCACAAAACAUUGCCAGCAUCAAGAAGAAUACAGCUGACUCCUCACAGAGGAACUCGGGUUCAGAUACAGGAUUGAGAACUGUGGAAAUAACAAGGGGACCAAAUGAUGCACUUGGAAUUAGCAUUGCUGGUGGCAAGGGGAGCCCUCUAGGUGAUGUGGCCAUCUUCAUCGCCAUGAUCCAAGCCAGUGGAAUGGCUGCACGCACACACAGGCUAAAGGUUGGGGAUCGGAUUGUCAGCAUUAAUGGCCAGCCCCUGGAUGGACUGUCUCAUGCAGAAGCAGUUAAUCUAUUGAAGAAUGCCUACGGAAGCAUUAUCCUUCAGGUUGUAGCUGACACAAAUAUUACUGCUAUUGCAAGCCAGCUUGAAAAUAUGACAACUAACUCCAACUUGAGUACACCAUCUGACGUUCGAGUGGAAGACACAGAACCACCACAGUGCACAAUGAUAACUUUAGAGAAAGGACCAGAUGGACUGGGAUUCAGUAUUGUUGGAGGACAUGGAAGCCCCCAUGGAGAUCUGCCAAUCUACGUUAAAACAGUGUUUGCCAAGGGAGCAGCGACAGAUGACAACAGGUUAAAGCGAGGAGAUCAAAUUCUAGCAGUAAAUGGGGAAAGUUUGGAAGGUGUCACACAUGAACAGGCUGUCGAUAUUCUGAAACGGCAAAAAGGAACUGUAACGUUAACAGUGUUGUCGUGAACGUAACAAUGUUAACAUGAUUAAUAUUGAUUUACCUGUUUAAAUUCUGCCAGGAAGUGAUGUUGCAUUGCCAAAAGCAGGAAUGUAAUUCAACUAAGAUUGUGUGAUCUUGGGCCUGAUUUUUUUCUUUUAUUGCAUUGUAGUAAUAGUCAUUAUUGCUCUGUUAAAGGGAGAGAUAACUAAAUUACUGUGCAUCAAUCACUGUGCUUUGGACUAUUGAAAAACUGUCGAUUGAUCUUACCCAGCUGCAGCUUCUUGACAAAUCUCACCAAGUGCUUUCAUAUUGUGUACCAUAUAGCUACAAUGAAUUGCAGAAUCUGGAGUGCCUAAGUCUGAUGUUGGAUACAUAGGGAUAUAUUUUAGUCUUCAAAACUGAGGAAAUAAUCUAUUUGUGCAGAUCACUCACUCUUUGUAGAACCCAUACAAAUUGAGUUCAUUGACUUUACUCUUUCCCCCCAUGUGUUAUGUCUGCCGAACAAUUUAUUUACCUUCACUUUUUAUUUUCUGAUCGAAACUUGUGUUUAGAUUUUUAGAUGAUUUUGAAUUGCUUGUAAUGGUAAUGAAUUGCAUAUAUUUAUAACAUGAAUCUUCGACUCAUAAAAUAAAAAAAUUGUGUUCC